AUGGCAUCGAUGCCGCCGCUUCCACGAGCUCCCGAGUCGAGCAAUAAGCGUAAACGCAAGCGCAAAAGUCAGUCCAAAGCCCUGUCAACAUCUUCAUCUUGUACUCCAUCGUCGCUCUCGUGUUCUUCUUCUGUCGAUACGCAGCUUCAAACACUUGAAAAUUGGCAUCGCGUCUUGACAAUCGACCUUCGCGAAGUGCGACGUGAAGGCUCACGCGUCCGAAUGGAAUUGGAAAAAGUUGAACAUACAGUGGAAUCGGCAGUGGAAAAGGCAGAACGUUGUGCUUUACAGGCGCAGCGAGUACAGGAAUACAUGGUAGUGGUUAAUAAAGCUAAAGACGACGCAUUAGAAGAGACAAAGCGCCAAUUUCAAGCAGCUGAAGCGCGAUAUAAGACCGAGAUCAAGACACUAAACAAAAUGUUGAUUACAAUGGACAAGAAGCUCGAGCGACAUAUGCACAGUAGUAUUACGGAAGAGCUCUUAUUGACGCAAUUGACGGAAUUCCAAGAACAAUACGAGAACGAACUACGAACAAUCCGAGACGAGUACGCAGCCAUGUGUCGCACACAGAAAAAGCAACUAAAACAGAUGGAAAAACUGUUGCUGAAAGUCGUGACGAAACAAACGAACGAAACAAAACACAUGGAACAAACGUUACGAGACGAUACGGCCCACGUGAGUCAACAAGUCCGACAACUGGUCACACGACAGGAACUGUAUCUAUUACAGCAACAAGUUGAAGUGAUUAAGAAAGAACAUCAAGAUGAACACGAACGGAUGCGAAUGAAUGUUGAGAUUUUGAAGGAACGAGUCGUGGAUGUGGAGAAACGAGGGGUUGAGACGGAUACGAAAGUACUUGAAGUUGUAAAGACAGUGGAAGAUGGGAUUACACGCGCCAUGAUGUCCACACCAGCUCCUUUGCCACAGAAAAUGUCGUCAUCUCAUCUCGCGCAGGAUUUCGUGCGUCAAGCAGAUCUUGAUGGGAUUCAUGACGUACUUCGACGUAUCAACCGCGAUUUUCAAGCAGUGGCUGUGGAUUUUACAUCAUUGGCAAAGACGACAGAAGCUCGUGGAAACCAACAGGAGCAGCAGACUGAAGCGAAACUACAAGAGCUUAGUACGCAGUUGUUUGACGCAUUGAGUCAUGAUUCACGUCUACAUGCUACUGGAAUUAGUCGAUUGAAAGACGUUAUGUUUGACAUGCAGAACAAGUACUGCGUAUUGGAUCAGAGGAUCAAGCGACUGGAAGAUGACGUACAGCAAGUAAGAGCUGAUCGUGUCCAAGCGAGACCACCUCAAGACUAUGGUAGAGAACCUGGUUGGCGCUACCGGCACGAUUUCCCAUCAUUUUCAACGCGGCCGCAGCCACCAACGCCAGGAACUUUUCGGAACUGCCAAGAGAGACCUUCACGCUAUGAACCAGCUCCUGCUACUCGCAAAACUUUGACACCGCCGCACGAGCCGCCACCACCGGGCCGUAUUUCGUGGCCACCGCGGAGGGAAGCUCGAAGCCGUAGUCGGAGUCCACCCCACCGUCUAUCGUGGCGUGCUUCUGGAAAACAUUCUUUAUACAGCGAUUCUAAACCGGCUGCACCUGCUCAAAAUGGUAGUCAGUGUCAGCAUGACGGUCGAUCUGGUCCCCGAAGUAACAAUGGAGGGAAUGCUACAACCAAUCUGCCUUCGCAAACAAUACAUUCCUUGCAAGGUGUUCACGGGGACACCCUAAAAGAUGCGACUGAGCACAGUCAAGAAGAGGUGACGAUUGUACCUUGUCGCCGCAACCGACAGCCUCGCAAGACCCCCGAAGUUAUUGUCAUUGAAGAGGACGAUGAUGAAGAUGAUGACGAUGACGAUAAGAUGAAGGAGAGACGGCCAGGGCCCCACCGGAGUGCUGGCCAUGUAGACUCGGCCGAUGUCGUACAGAAAGAAGAAGACCUACAAACGGGCUGUUGGCUGUACUUUUGCUUAGGCGGCGCUCCCGAUCUCGAUGUCCAGUGGACUCCUUGUUUUACGCAGCUGAAGGCCAACGAGUGUGUAGAGAUGCCUCGGGUUCUCCGUUUUCAGCGCCAAUAUGUCUUUUUGCAAGGCUUUCCGGUGUACUUGACGCAGUGUAUCCUCCAAGCUGUGAUCGUAAAUGGACACAUUGUGCCAGCAGAGAAUGGCCCUAAGGUGUCCGGUAUAACUGGCACAUUGAAUGCUGAGAGCAUGCGUGUCAAAUUUGACAACAUGGUGAAUGAAAUUCAUCUAUCGUGGGCGAAAGCACUGGUUGAACACUUAACGACACGAACUGGUGCAAUUGAUGACUUGGCUUUGGAGAAACUAGAGCUGUCAGUUAAUCCUGCAGGGUUAUCGAGCAAUGGAGACAAGGACGAUGUCAUUUACGGGUGGAGUCGCCGUCAAGAAUCCGUGAUGUGGAUUCUGGCACGACAACUUCAUUAUGGAUCACUAUUACCAGCGAUGACGUGCAAUGUAAACGCAUCUCCAUCAGUGUACUUGUUUGCUCUCAUGUUUAACGUGCUUACGGUGACAAGCGAAUGUCCUCAGUCUGGUACUUUUCGCUUGAAUGAUUUCGGCGGCACCUUGCUGGCACACCUUUGGGAUCAUACGCUAAAGAAGCUUCCAUACGUAUUUUUUGCGGACUGGGCAUGGCUUGAAGACCAGUCGACGAAAAAGGUGAUGCCGGCGUUGGCUUUCUGCCAUAUACUGGCUAGCAUUCUGCUGUGGAACAGUGCGAUUGAUCGUCACAGCCUGACAAAUCGUAACAUUUAUGCUGCUGCAAUGAAGCACAUUCUCCCAAAGCUCUGCGUGGACGACCAACCUGUUCAUGAAUCGACUGCAAAUGUAGGCUCUCUCCAACUGGCCGAGUGGGAAUCCACUCAUAUUGAGCUCCGUGAUCUUGACAGCAAAUUUGCAUCGAUGCUUGGGUUGGAUGGUUUCUUCGAAGUUAUGGAAGCCAUUCAGAACAAUAGGCAAGCCGUAGCUGCACCAGCCGAAGGUCAAGCCUCUUCUACCUAA